AUGUUCGCCGGCGAAAUGACAUAUGUCCGCCCAUUCACUGCCUCCUGCAAAACCCAGGUACCCGACAAAGGGGCGAAAAGCAUCGAGCUCACCCGCCUGGAUCCUGUUCGUCGUCCCUCGAGUGAAGCGGCGAAACACAAGAAACUGGCGAAUCCCAAAGCCGUCGAUGUCACUGUUGAGCUAGUGACGGACCAAAUUGGAUCACCCAUUCAAACAACUAAACAAAACAUGCAGGGAACCAACCCAACGGACUCUCCCGAUCACGUCCCUCGGGGGGACGAAUCACAAGCUUCCGACCAGACCAUUGACAGCGGGAUCGUCGACUUGGCCACCAAGCGAUGUUCCUGCCCAAUGUACCAUUUCAUCUCCGACACCGGGAUCUGCCCCAACUGGGUGGCCAGCAACCGGUCCAUAUGCCAGAUGUGCUACGAGUACUGCCUCGGCGCUGGGAUUGACGAAGAUCCCCUCGGCUGA